AUGCAUUUGAAAAACUCUACCAUUACCUUACAACUUCCUUUAGACGCUGCUUCAGAAUCUGUGUCGGUUAAGAAUCUUGUUUUAUCUUGUGAUCCUUACAUGAGAGGAAGCAAAAGAACAGACAGAAAUAGCCUCUUUUCUUCCCUCUCUCCUGAUUCACCAGUUGUUGGAUAUGGAGUAUGCAAAGUGUUGGAUUCUAAACAUCCAAAUUUCAAAAAAGGAGAUUUGGUUUGGGGAUUCACCAAAUGGGAAGAGUAUAGCAUCAUUACAAAAACUGAUAGUUUUAUCAAAAUUGAGCAUACUGAUGUACCUCUUUCCUAUUAUACAGGAUUGCUUGGUAUGCCCGGUAUGACUGCUUAUGCAGGUUUCUAUGAAGUUGGUUUUCCUAAGAAAGGAGAUUAUGUUUUUAUCUCUUCAGCAUUUGGUGCUGUUGGUCAACUUGUUGGUCAAUUAGCAAAAUUGUUGGAAAUAUAA